UCUCUCUCUCUCUCUAGCUUUUCUGUUUGUGUGGAUCAGCUCUAGUGUGUGAGAGUUGGUUAGGUCAUAGCGAGUGCAUGUUAGUUUGUUUUCUUUGUUUGUUAUAUCUAUUUAUUAGCUCCUCACUUCUUCUCCUCACUCCGCGGGAUAUUUGGAUUUCUUUUUGCCCUGCAAACCUUUCCACCCCAUAUCCCUCCCUCCCCUUCCUCACCUUUUUUCAACCCAGUUGAAUACUCCUCUCUCUCUCUCUCUCUCUCUCUCUCUCUCUCUCAUAGCUGAGUGUGGUGCUCCAGUGAAGGAGGGUGAGAGAUGGCCGGUUGCAACAGAAGCGAAGAGUAUUUAGCUUCCCAAGAAGAGUCUGCGGCAGCGGUGGGGAAGAAGUAUGGGGGACUUGUGCCGAAAAAGAAGCCAUUAAUCUCAAAGGAUCAUGAACGUGCCUUCUUUGAUUCGGCAGAUUGGGCCUUAGGGAAGCAAGGAGGAGCUGGGUUGGACCAAAAGUCAAAAGCAGCAGUAGAGACUCUACGCCCAAAGUUGGAGAGAACGCCUCAUCAGCAACUCCCUCCUCGGAGACCGGCCUGUACAUCAGGGGUAGAUGUCACUGCCGACUAAAAUACCUUUGAGGCCACAAAGUAGGUGUUUACUAUGACAUUCUUGAUUCUCAACAGAGAAUUUUUAAUUGAUUGGAGCUUUGAUUCAUACACAUUACAAAUUGUUACCUAUUUGUGAAUGGAAUCAUCUGCAAUAUAAAUUUUAUUCCUUAC